AUGAGAGCGAAGAAAGCAACAGGUCGUCGUGGGUCCACCGAAAGCAGCUCCAAGAGCUCGGACGAGGAUGGCUCGGACGUUGUUGGUGCAGCACCUGCUCCGAAGACAACAAAUGCCCCCGUGCUUUCGGAAGACGCCUUGGCCAACGUGGCUGAAAUGAUCGCGAAGAAGCUGUCCGUGCUACUGGAGACCAACUACCGUGAGAAACAGCUGGAAGAGAAGCAAAAGCAAGAACAGCUGGAGAACCAACAGCAACAGCCGCAGCAGCAGCUACAGCAACAGCCACAGCAACAGCCACAGCAACAGCCACAGCAAGAGCCACAGCAACAGCCACAGCCACAGCCACAGCAACAGCCACAGCAACAGCCACAGCAACAGCCACAGCAACAGCGACAGCCGCGGCAAAAGCAGCAGAGAAAGAACCCUGGUAGCCCACCUGGUAGUCCUGUGCCCGUAGGUACUUCCAUGCCCGAGAACUUCUCCAUCUGGAGCCUUGAUUCUGACGAAGUGCAGGUGACCCACCUGUGAAAGGCACCUGCUAGUUGCUGAUGUCGAGUCAAUGGCGCAACGAAAAUCAGAGAUCCAUCGCAUUGUACUACACAGGCGGCUAGUGACCAUCGUGCACGAGUUGUCUGUAACGCAAGCGUUAAAAAUACGCGCUUAUUUUCGGCCGGUCGCAGGAAGCGUUUCUUGGGCGUGUCGUAUUCCGGCUAAGAACAAAGAUGGAAGCACUUGGGUCAAACGAGACUCAUUAGUGCGAUGACUUAGGAUAAACGUAGGUGCUGGUUUAAGUCAUGUGUUGCUCUGUACACUCGCUCUUCGAAGAGUUCGAUUUGAUCAUUUUUCUUUCCUUUUUGUUUUAGACAACGGCUACGAUAGGGCGUUGAGGAGGGCGCAGACUUCAUACACUAUGUUUGGCUGCAGUUUCUCGUGUUACCUGAUAAAGCGGUAGGUUUGUUGAGGCUCGAUCGAUUAAUGAAUUUGUAGCAGACCUUUUCCUGCCCCACAUAGCCGUCGUCUUAUGGUGCUUAGAUUAGUUUUGUUUUUUCUAAGUUGCUGUACUUACAGUUUGCAGUACUAACUCGGCAAUGAGUAAUCAUCGUCUCUUAGUAAUAUGCGCUCGCGUAAAGCAAUAUACUACUACUGCUACGUGCAGUAAGCAAGAUGUACUUUCUAAACUACGUGAGCCGGUAGUUUGUGGACAAAAAGGAAGGAACAAUAGCGCACGUUAUCACGUCAAAUAACUUAAAGCAGCGCGUACACAUAAUGGACCCACCAUGCAACAGGUUGGUUACACCUAUACUAUACUCCUACUGUACUGUGCUCUAUGUCGAACUCCAGAAGGAAAUCACACACAGAACGAAAUUUACGCGAAUCCAUGCUUGGAAUUUCUGCGUAUGCAUCUGCACAUUCACCGCGCAAUUAAAUCGUGCACACACUGAACAAGUUA